AUGGAGGCACCUUUGGUAAAUGAUGAUACAAUGGUUGACAGUGAAGCUGAAGAUGUAAGAGGGGAAAUGUCACCUUCUGACUCAGAAUCUGAAGAAGAUGUUAAAUUAGCUGAACCGUCUAAGAAUGCGGUAUAUAACAGAGAUGCUCUAUUAGAUAAACUUGGAGACAUUAGCUGGCCAGAGAAUGUGCAAUGGAUACACAAACUCUCCGUUGAUAUUGAUCAAGAGCAAGAAGUAGAUGUCAAUGAUGACUUGGCGCGGGAGCUUGCGUUUUACACGCAGGCAUUUGAGAAACUUCAGUCAAUGGGUCUCCCUUUUCUGAAGCCUGCAGACUAUUAUGCAGAAAUGGUGAAGACAGAUAACCACAUGGUAAAGGUGAAAGGUCGGCUAUUAGCAGAGAAGCUGAAGAUGGAAGAGGCUGAAGAGAGAAGAAAGGUCCUAAGAGAUUGGAGAUUGGCCAAAGAGAUUAAGGCCCAGAAAUUGAAAGAAAGGGCUAAGCAGAAAAAGGAGGAUAUCGAAUCUGUUAAGAAAUGGAGGAAGCAGAGGCAACAAAGUGGGUUUGCUGACAGCGCCAAUGAUGCAGAUAUUGGUUUGGACUUUGAGGAUGGAAAAGUAUUCGAAAGGUCAAAGAUGAAAAGGCCAGGAGUGUCACCAGGCGAUCGGUCAGGAGGGAAGGCAAAGCAAGCCUUUGGGAAAGGAAAGAAACAGAAGAAAAGAGAUGUUAAGAAUUCCAAAUUUGGUUUUGGAGGCAAGAAGGGAUUGAAGAAGCAGAAUACAGCUGACACCACUUACGAUUUUAGUGGUUUCAAAAAAGGCGCUGCCGAAGGAAAUAAGAAGAGAGAGGUAAAAUACAAUCUUCUUUGA